CUGGAGCAAGUUUUUGCCUUGGGUGGAGUUUUCCUACAACUCCUUGAAGAGCUCCGCUACCGGUAUGUCCCCAUUUGAGUGCUCGUUGGGUUAUCAACCCCCCUUGUUUCCCCAACAGGAACUAGAAAUCGCUGUGCCCUCGACUAGGGCUCAUAUUAGGCGGUGUCAGAGGGUGUGGAGAGCCGCUCGUGCGGCCUUAGAGAGGGCCUCCGAGAGGAUGUGCCGCAACGCCAACCGUCAUCGCAUUCCAGCCCCGUCCUAUCGGCCAGGACAACAAGUUAUGCUACUCACAAAGGACCUCAGCCUCCAGGUACCAUCUAGAAAAUUGGCACCACGUUACGUUGGUCCUUUUGCCAUCUUGUCCAUCAUAAACCCUGUAUCUGUCAAAUUGGCUCUUCCACCCUCGGUCAAGCGGCACCCAGUGGUCCAUGUGUCCCAGAUUAAACCGGUAGCGGAGAGCGCUCUGUCUCCUCCUGCCCCUGCCCCCCCACCCUCGAGGUUCUUGGCGAACGGAGAUCAGGUUUGGACGGUCAAGGAAAUCCUCAGGGUCCGUCGACAAGGUAGGGGGCUCGUUUAUCUGGUCGACUGGGAGGGAUAUGGGCCAGAGGACAGAUCUUGGGUUCCUGCCUCCUAUCUUGCCGAUCCCUCUCUUCUGGAGGAUUUCUACCGUGCCAAUCCUGAUGCUCCCCGGCGCUCGUCGGGGGCCUCGCAUAAGGGGUGGGGUACUGUCAUGACGCGGAGUCGAACCCACGUUUCCUCUGCAGUUGGAGCUGCAGGCACCUCUCUUAACCCCUCUGCUAGCAGCACACUCAGACAAGCCUCUGCUCGCGCUGAGCACAACACACCCACACAGCAACAAGCCUGCAAACAAUUACUCAUCAGCGCACCUGGACUUGACGAGGGGGAGCAGCAUAAAGACCAGCGGACCUGAGGAACCUUUGCCAGAACGUCGCUAACCUUCCAUGACUCCCAUGUCCUCCGUGAUCGUGCCUUGUUACUCGACACCCAUCCGGAUUCCUGACUGCUCUCCAUGAUCCACGACCUCCCUGCUCGGACCCAGACCACGCUGCCCUGCUCUUGCCCACGACCACUUGCCUGUCCACGAACUGCCUCUUCGCCUUGCCCCCUUGGAUAACGACGAAAGAUACAAUCAACAUUUACAGACAACAACCCUUGGUAACAUUUACAUUAUUAAUUUUACACAUAGUCAACACUCACUCACUUUGAGUAGCAUACACACGCCACGUAUUCA